GUUAAAACAGAUAAGAAAGGUAGAAAAGCAGAUUUGAUUUUGAUGAACGCCAUAAUAUGAAAACGAAAUCCUUGUAAUUGCAACAGAUUUGAGAUAUGUCUGGUUUAAGAAGGCCGUGGUCCGAUAAUUCUCCUCUAUUGUCCUCACGUAAAGAAAAACAACAUACCUCCCCUGUCUCCUGCUCCUCCCCCUCCUCUCCUUCCUCAGUCGAAAUGUCAACCGCCGCCGCAACCACCACUCCUCGCCGCUCCAUCUUCCUUGGCGUCGACGUCGGCACCGGGAGCGCCCGCGCUGGCCUGUUUGAUGAGAGUGGAAAACUUCUGGGGUCUGCUAGUAGUCCUAUACAAAUAUGGAAAGAAGGUGACUGUGUUGAGCAAUCUUCGACAGAUAUUUGGCAUGCCAUAUGUGCCGCUGUGAAAUCUGCGUGCUCCCUUGCAAAUGUUUCAGGGAAUGAAGUGACAGGGAUGGGAUUCGCGGCUACUUGUUCUCUUGUUGCGGUCGAUGCUGAUGGAAGCCCUGUUACAGUUUCCUGGAGUGGUGAUUCAAGACGGAAUGUUAUAGUAUGGAUGGAUCACAGAGCUGUUAAACAAGCUGAAAAGAUCAAUUCUUCUAACUCACCAGUAUUGCAAUAUUGUGGUGGAGCUCUUUCUCCUGAAAUGGAGCCACCAAAGCUUUUAUGGGUGAAAGAAAAUUUGCCAGAAUCUUGGUCGAUGGUGUUUAGAUGGAUGGACUUGAGUGAUUGGUUGUCAUACAGAGCAACUGGAGAUGAUACUCGGAGUCUGUGCACAACAGUAUGCAAAUGGACUUAUCUUGGUCAUGCACACAUGCAGCAGUUGAAUGGGAAAGAUUCCCGCAACAUGGAAACUUGUGGAUGGGAUGAUGAUUUUUGGGAAGAGAUUGGCUUAGGUGAUCUUGUUGAUGGGCAUCAUGCUAAAAUUGGACGAAGUGUAGCUUUCCCUGGUCAUCCUUUGGGUUCUGGUUUAACUCCUACAGCUGCACAGGAACUGGGUCUUGUGGCAGGAACACCUGUGGGGACUUCACUGAUAGAUGCUCAUGCUGGUGGUGUGGGGAUAAUGGAAAGUGUCCCCGAGUUAGGUUCUGAAGCUAAAGAGAAUGAUAAUGAAGCUAUAUGUCAUCGUAUGGCAUUAAUCUGCGGUACUUCUACCUGUCAUAUGGCCGUGUCCCGAAACAAGCUAUUUAUUCCUGGGGUCUGGGGACCGUUUUGGUCAGCGAUGAUACCUGAGUACUGGCUUACAGAAGGUGGACAGAGUGCUACUGGUGCAUUAUUAGAUUAUAUAAUUGAAAAUCAUGCUGCUUCUCCCAGACUUGCAAAUCGUGCUGCUUCUUUAAAAAUAUCCAUGUUUGAACUACUGAGCAAUACAAUCAAGACAAUGAUAGAUGAACUGAAGUCUCCAUUCCUUGCUGCUUUGACUGAACAUAUACAUGUCCUUCCUGAUUUUCAUGGAAAUAGGUCUCCCAUUGCAGAUCCAAAAUCCAAAGGAAUUGUUUUUGGCCUGACUCUAGAAACGAGUGAGAGACAGUUGGCUCUUUUAUACCUUGCUACCGUACAGGGUAUUGCAUAUGGUACACGUCACAUUGUGGAGCACUGCAAUGCUCAUGGUCAUAAAAUCGAUACAUUACUUGCAUGUGGUGGCCUCUCAAAGAACUCCCUCUACAUCCAAGAACAUGCAGAUAUCCUUGGUUGCCCUAUUGUACUUCCACGAGAAAGUGAAUCUGUGCUCUUGGGUGCUGCUAUUCUUGGUGCCGUUGCUUCAAAGAAAUACUCAAGUCUUACUGAGGCCAUGAAGGCGCUGAAUGCAGCUGGUCAGGUCAUUCAUCCAUCAAAAAACCCAAAGGUGAAGAAGUAUCAUGAUGCCAAAUAUCGUAUUUUCCAUGAUCUCUAUGAGCAGCAGCUCUCUCAGCGUUCUAUCAUGGCUCAAGCCUUGGAGUAGAAUGUGCCACUUUUGAAGACUCGUGAAUGCUUGAGCAUUCUUUGGUGAAAGUCUUGGCCUGGUAAUCACUAGUGGAUGCACUUGAAUUUUGAUAGUCACUUCAAAAAUAUAGUUGAUUUUUUUUUUAAAAAAUAAUAUUCUGGGAGUUUAAUUUUACAUGGGAUGGUCAAGUUUAUCAUGUAUAUAAAUUAGUUCAAACAGUUUCACCAA